UUCCAUUUCGGUUUCUAUGGGAAGGGUUUCCUUGAAGCUCCCCACAUAAAGUUCGAGGAAGCGUAAACAUGUAUUUGUGGUGAGGGAAAUCAGUCUUUUACUGCCGUUUUUGAGGAUAUAAGCAAACACGAUUUCACCAUGGACAGCACUUCCAAAACUGAUGCUUCCAGUCAGUUAUCUGUUGCUUCUCAGGUUCCUUUCCUUCACUUGUGUACCACACUAGAAAAAAUUCAAAAGUCCAAACUCCGUCCAGAGAAAUCCAAGAUCCUUGGGUACUUCAUUGAGAAAUGGCGUGAAUUUCAUUCUGCCCUCCACAAAGACAACCCCAAAACUACAGACUCUUUCUAUCCUGCCAUGCGCCUCAUAGUCCCGCCUUUUGAACGAGAGCGAAUGGCAUAUGGCAUCAAAGAGAGCAUGCUGGCUAAACUCUACAUUGAUGUAUUAGGCCUCCCAAAAAAUGGCCCUGAGGCUAAUAAGCUGUUGAAUUACCGUGCUCCGACCACAUCCCAAGGAGAAGCUGGAGACUUUGCUGGCAUGGCGUAUUUUGUGCUGAAGAAACGAUGCACCAGCCAAGGAAAUCUCAGUAUUAAAGAGGUCAACGACUUCCUGGAUUCAGUAGCCACCAGCAACGCCACCAAGCAGAAAGAUCUUGUCAAAAAGAGUCUGCUGCACCUCAUCACCCAGAGCUCAGCUCUUGAGCAAAAGUGGCUCAUUAGAAUGAUUCUGAAGGACAUGAAGCUCGGGAUCAGCAAAGAAACCGUUCUCCAAGUUUUCCACCCAGAUGCUGCUGAGCUCUACAACGUCAACACAGACUUGAACAAGGUGUGCCAGCAGUUACACAAUCCAGCCGUGUCCUUAAGUGAAGUCUCUAUUGGACUUUUUUCUGCUUUCAAACCUAUGCUGGCAGCUGUGGCUAACAUCCGCAACGUGGAGAAACAGAUGGGAAACAGCACUUUUUACAUUGAGACAAAGCUGGAUGGAGAGCGCAUUCAGCUGCACAAAGAUGGGGAUGUGUACAAGUACUUCAGCCGAAAUGCUUUUGAGUACACGCAGCAGUUUGGAGGAUCCCCGUUGGAAGGAUCACUGACGCCUUAUAUCCACCAUGUUUUUAAAAGCAAUGUGGUGAACUGCAUUCUCGAUGGUGAGAUGAUGGCAUACAACCCGGCAGCAGACACCUUCAUGCAGAAAGGGAGCAAAUUUGACAUCAAGAGGCUGAUGGAUGACUCUGAGUUGCAGACAUGCUUCUGUGUGUUUGACGUGCUGUUAAUAAAUGAUCAGAAGCUAGGCAAAGAAACUCUCAAGAAGCGACAUGAGCUUCUUCAGACAGUUUUCACUCCAGUCAAGGGAAGGCUGCAUCUGGUGCCAAAGGCUGAAGCCAGAACCAUGCAGGAGGUGGUGAAUGCUCUCAAUGAUGCCAUUGACAGCAGAGAAGAGGGGAUCAUGGUGAAGGAUCCUUUAUCCAUCUACAAACCUGACAAGCGAGGUGAAAGCUGGCUGAAGAUAAAACCAGAAUAUGUGGAUGGCUUGAUGGAUGAGCUUGACCUGCUGAUUGUUGGUGGCUACUGGGGAAAAGGGAGAAGGGGUGGCAUGAUGUCCCAUUUCUUAUGUGCUGUGGCCGAAGCUCCAAAGCCUGGCGAGAAACCUUCAGUUUUCCAUACCCUUUGCCGCAUUGGCUCCGGCUACACCAUGAAAGAAUUGUAUGACCUUGGUUUAAAGCUCACCAAACACUGGAAGGUCUACCGGAAAAACAACCCACCAGCAUCCAUCCUGUGUGGAACAGAGAAACCGGAAGUCUACAUUGAACCCUGCAACUCUGUUAUCAUCCAGGUUAAGGCGGCUGAGAUAGUCGGGAGUGACAUGUAUAAAACCAACUGUACUCUGCGCUUCCCCAGGAUUGAGAAGAUUCGAGAUGACAAAGAAUGGCACCAGUGCAUGACACUGGCAGAGCUGGAUCAGUUCCGCAGCAAGGCGUCUGGGAAACUCGCCUCUCGGCACCUUCACAUUGACAACGGUGAACCGCAAAAGAAAAAGCGCAAGCUGCCAGUCAAACCCAAGAAAGUGAUCGGCAUCAUUGACCACUUUAAGCCCCAGGACCUUUCCGGGGUGACCAAGGAAACAGAUAUGUUUGAGGACGUGGAGUUCUGCAUCCUGAAUGGCACCGAAGAUCAUCCCAAGUCUGAACUGGAAAAGGGUGUGGCCAGGUGUGGAGGUUUUGUGGUUCAGAACCCUGGACGGGACACCUACUGCGUGGUUGCCGGUGUGGAGAACAUGCGCGUGAAGAACCUGAUUUCAUCCAACCAGCAUGACAUAGUUUGGGCCACCUGGCUGCUGGAGUGUCUGGACCGGAAGGAGGUGGUUCCAUGGCAACCCCGCCACAUGAUCCACAUGUCGCCUUCCACCAGGGAGCACUUUGCCAAGGAGUACGACAACUAUGGCGACAGCUACUUUGUUGACACAGACGAGCAGCAGCUGCGGGAGGUGUUCAACAGGAUCAGCAGCGCAGACGUGUCAAAGGAGGUGAAUGUCACGCAGGUGGAGGAACGCUACAGCUGGGAUGACCUUCCAACCAGCAUGUUCAGACCAUUCACAGCAUAUAUGGACAGAUUUACUGACAUAGGAGACCCUAAAAGUGCCAUACCUGCCACCUGCCUGGACACCAGGUCAUUGGAGUUUCGCUACCAUGGAGGAAAAGUGGUGGAAAAGCUGGAGGAAGGCGUUUCACAUGUUAUUAUUGCCGAGGAAACAAGACUUCUGGAUUUGAGGACUCUGAGGCGCUGCUUUAGGAGGAAGUUUAAGAUAGUAAAAGAGACAUGGGUGACUGAUUCAAUCAAAGCAGGGCAUGUGAUGAAUGACACUGAAUAUCUGGCUUGAAGGGGCUCUUAGUGAAGUACGUUUAAAUGGACACUCAGCAUUUUUAAUUUGUUCCUAAUACGAGUAGGAAUAACCUCUUUAAUAAAACCUACAGCAUGAAAACUCCAAUGACGCUAAUUCUCAGGGUUUUGAGUUUCUGUGAGUUUUGUCUUUUGUAUUCUUAACGAGACAGCUUAUUAUUAAUUUUAAAUGAAUAGGCUGCUGACUGGUUUUUCAAUUUUCAAACUCAGAAUCAUUAUGAAGGGUUCAGAUGCUUUUUUGGGGGUUGGGGGUGGGGGCCGGUCCUUCCUUCUUUCUGAUUUUUAGCCAAGCAGUUAUUAAAACUGUUUCUGCAGCAGAAAGGAGACUUGCCAAUUAACCAGAAAUGGAAGGUUUAAUUCUGAUAGUAAUUUCAGUGAAUGAACCAUAUUAGUGAGCAGCAGCAAGGGAAUGCUCUGCCAUAAUAAUCUGUCCAUUGUGAAGGGGUGCUCCAGUGGUUUCAUGUUACACUUUAGUUAAGCUGACGGACUUGUAAGAGAGAGAUUAAGAAAAUAAUGGUUCAAAUUGAACCUUGAAAAACUGACUCGUGUUUCCCAUGAUUCCACAGUGUAUUUGAUUUGAUCGACCUUAGCCUCUAAAUAUCCAUUUUCUCCAAACCCAUUGGGAAAACAUCAAACCUGAGGGUAGUUUAGCCAGUUAAGUUUGGAGCCUUCCCUCCAGAGCCUUAGAAGACACUCAACAUGAUCAUAGACUGUAAAUGAAAGAUGUGCAUGGCCACUGUGCUUUUUACUCAUUGGUAUCUAAAGUUCAUAGCAAGCCAUAUUAUUUUCCAGAUAAUUCCAUUAAAAUGCUCCAAAAGGAACCAGCAGCAGGUUUCUUUCAAUUACAUAAAUGAAUGAAGUUUUUGGCUAUAGCUAUUAUGUGACACAUCUUACCCGUAUCCAGGCUGGUGAGUUACGGAAACAUUUACCUCCAGUUGUCAUAGAGGGAAAGAGUAUCCAUAGAAACCCAAACACUUUGUGCACCAGGCUAGAAGCAUGAUUUUUAAUAAUGUGGAGUUAUAAAUUUUAACAUUGAAGUUUAUGGCGAGUUACCAAGAGGCAACAUCCAGGGUUUAAAGCAGGGGUGUCAAACUCCAGUCCUCGAGGGCCAGCAUCCUGCUUGUUUUUGAGAUAUCCCUGCCCUACCUGCUGCUGAUUACCUCGAUCACGUGUGCUUUGCCAAUAAGAAGCUACAAGGGCAGGUUAGGUGGAAAACAAGCAGGGCAGCGGCCCUCGAGGCCUGAAGUUUGACACCUGUGGUUUAAAGGUUAAGCUGGAGCGAAAGUGCCAAAAACUACAGUUCCUCUAAUGGCCAUUUGACGCUGGUUUCAAAAGUGAGUCAGUCCACACUGACGCCCAUGUUAAAAUGCCCAACUUUACAGAAUUACCACAGCCUACUGCAAAAAUUUUAUAUAAGUUUAAUAUAAUCAAUCCAUUAGGAUACUUGAAUUAGAGGUGUCCAGAUACAAGCCAUCUGCUACCGUCUCACUUUCAUUAAUUGGACUUGUGUUUGCGUGUUACUGUCUGUGCCCUUUGUAAUAGAAAGAUGUGACAGGUAAUACAACCUGCUGUGUGGUACAAACUAUCAAAGUUUGUGCUUCGGUUUUAUUAGCCUGCUACUUAUGUGUUUGUAAAUACAGCCAGUUAACUAAGCCUGCUACCAUUAGCUGAAAACUUCUUCCUUUUGUCCAAGUACAGUAACUUCUGGCUCCACAAAAGUGAUAGCCAAAUGCUAAUGUUGAGGCAUCACAGUAGCUAUAUUCAUCUUUGGGAUUGAUUUGCUUUUGGAACAAGUCCCAAGUGGCUUUAGAGGAACUGCAGUUUUCGGCACUUUCACGUGGCCUACAUUUUUCACCCUGGAGAUCGUUGCGUGUUCACAACAAGUGAAGACAAUUUCACGUGGUGUCCUUUAAUGUAAGAAAAAUGUCUUAAACUGAUCCUCUUGUUUUUUUGUGCUCUUGUGUCUUUGUCCUUAUGUCUGAAGUACGACUCUAAUAAAUAAUCCUGAAGGGGUUUGAAAUACAAUUUGUUAAUAAUUCUCUUAAAGACAACAUCUGUGUGAAGUGAUGGCCUUUGCCUCAGCUCUUCAACAAGGGACCACACAGGGGGUACGUUAAAAUCGGCUCAGCUCAAGGCCCUCCAACAAAGAUGUGGCCAUGUUUUCCUGCCUUCAAAAAUGUCACUGAGGAGUCUUGGGACUCUUUGAUAUGUUCUAACCUUCAUUAGCAUCAUCUCUAAGGUGCAGGCAGCUGCCUGCGGCGCCCUGGGCUUUGUUAUGUGUAAAUGCCGCAUGAAUACAUUUUUAAAGUAUAAGUGAUGAGAUACCUCUUUCUAAUCAUAUACUGUGAAUAAUGGCUUGUUGUUAACACGUUGUUAGAUUCCCUGUAGAGUUGUUGCGUAGUUUUGCAAUUAAAAUGCUAUACUUAAGA